AAAAUUACAAAAUUUCUCUUUAAAAUUCAAGUAUAGCUGGUAUUCUUUUAUCUGUUGAUAACAUCAAGCACUACUGAAGUAUAUUUAAAAACAAUUUUUGAAAAGAGAAGGCACGAGAACCUUUUAACAGGAAUAUAGACAUUGUAGCGAAAAACAACACUGUCUGUAUGCAACUCAACUUAUAAUUAAACUAAAGAUAUAUUUUUCCUGAAAAAGCGACUUUUAAGAACAAAGGUUCUAAAACUGAUUCUAAAAUUAUUAUCGUAUAGCUGAACUGAAAAACUUGUGUUCAAAUUCCAAUAAUAAACUUGUAUUAUCAAAUUCCAAUUAUAACCCAGCUACGUAUAAGCUGCUACUUUUGUCAAGCAGUCAUUUCUUUCAAGUUUUGAGUUCGAGCAAGCUGUGAACCGAAAUUUUCGAACGUUGCGUUUGUGGUCAAAAAGUCAAUUACUCAAUUGUUGGUACGCAGGUUUUCCUAUUGGAUAGAGUGCAAAAGAACUAUAAACAGUCUCUGAUUUGACAACUGUAUUUGUUGCUGAUUCAUUUUAACAAACGCUGUCUGAAUACGAAACGAAUUUACAAAGACUGGUUGUACUUUUUACGCCUUUUUGCUUGUGCUGCUACAAAGAGUUUGGCAUUCAAUCGUUAAAGUUCGGUGAGGCAAGUCGGAACGAUUGCAAGAAUUAAAUUCGUGUAGUCGUCAGUCCACAAUAGCCAAGGAGGAUUUUUUUCUUUUUUUGUUAAAAAUAUAAUUUGUGCGUUGAAUCACAAACACAGUAAAAAUCAAAGUACGAAAUGGCGUUAAAACGGAUUAAUAAGGAACUACAAGAUCUUGGCAGAGAUCCACCUGCACAAUGUUCAGCUGGCCCGGUUGGAGAUGACUUGUUUCACUGGCAGGCAACAAUAAUGGGACCGCCGGACAGUCCAUAUCAGGGAGGCGUAUUCUUUUUAACUAUUCACUUUCCAACAGAUUACCCAUUUAAGCCCCCUAAGGUGGCCUUUACAACGCGUAUUUACCAUCCAAAUAUCAAUAGUAAUGGAUCUAUUUGCCUCGAUAUAUUACGUUCUCAAUGGUCGCCAGCACUUACUAUAUCAAAAGUUUUGCUGUCUAUUUGCUCUCUUCUCUGUGAUCCAAAUCCAGAUGAUCCACUUGUUCCGGAGAUUGCUAGAAUAUAUAAGACCGACCGUGAAAAAUAUAAUGAGUUAGCACGUGAAUGGACACGAAAGUAUGCUAUGUGAUGCGUUCUAGUAUGCCUAAUUGAUCCGUCAAAAUUAUAUAAAAACAUCAUAAUUACUACAAACGUUUGCUGCUACAACAUCCAAAGCAACCAACAAGAAAUGCAGUUCUCCAACAUGAAAAAUUCUAAUAGCAACACUAAAAUUUUUUUCAACAUAAGCAACAUCGAAAUGUUGAACAACAAUUUGGUUAAUUAAAUUUAUUACAAAAACAAUAUAAAAUGAAUGCAACAGUAAAUUAAUAAAUAAAAAAUAAAUAAACCAACAAAAAAGUAAAAAAAAAACAUCUAAAAAUUAAGCAGAGAAAAAUUUACAAUAAUUCAAAAAAAAAAAA